AAUCCUAACAAAUCUCUCUACUCCGUAGGGGACCAUCCGGAGACGGACGAGGAGAGCGAGCUGAACGCCCGCAAUCGUCUACAUCAUCAUCACCAUCAUCAUCGUCAUCAUCACCGUACGUCCAACGCAUCCAAACCAGCGAGCGAGGAUGAAUUCGCCGAGGAUGAGCUGUCGGUGGGAGAGCCGUCCGAGGCGAGGAUGCUCACCUCGAGCGGCGCUCCUGCCUGGGGCACGUGUCCCGCUGGUGGCAGGCAACCACGUGAGCGACGCGGCCGCAGCCCCAGGAGUCUCGACCGACGUAGACGGGACAAAAAUCACGACGUGGGCGAGUUCCACGAGGGCAUGCUGCUGGACGCGCUGCUUCAACUCUAUCCUAGCGUCGCGGGCGUGGCCGGUGCCCGAACAGGCAACAGCAUCGCUCAACGUCAACAAUCCGUCCCGUCGGUGGCGCACAGGUUACCAUAUUUCGUGCCACCUUUGCCGGCCGCACAGGCCCCACGGCUCGAGGAGAAUCCGUACGAGAGUGUGCCGGUGUUGGGCCCGUUGCAUCGCUACUCUAGCCAGAACAGGAGUGGCAAGGACCGCUCAUCCCGCAGCAUCAAAUCGUCCGGUAGCGACAAAUACAAGUACCUGUCGUCGUCACAGCAACAACAGCAACAGUACGGCGGCGAUUAUUACGGCUUGCAGAGUCAAUCCGAUGUCACGACGCCACUCUAUACUCAGGUGGGCGGCGAAUACUCGGACACGUACUCGCAGCCGACCGAUCGACUCUUUGGUGACGACAAGUACAGCCAACCGGUGUAUUAUACCACUAACUCGACCCGGGACCCGGCGUGCGAUCAGGUGACCACCGCUGGCAGACUGUACCAGGGUCAACCUGACAGCAGCUUUGGCAGCGACAGUGGUUACAGCCAUCACACUUCCGGCACCACCGGUACCAGCGGCACUCGCGGCAGUAACUCCCGGACGAAUCAUCGCAGGGACAAACAUCGAAACUCCCAUCACUCGCAUCACUCCGCGGACUACAUUAUGUCCUAAUGGAAGACCGAUCGUGUUCUCUUCGAAAUAUACUCUCGUUAAGAAAAGAGAGAGAGACGAUGAGAGACUGUAAGGGUCUCGUUUCUGUCACCGGCCACAAUAGAUUGACGAGCAUGUUCGUUAAUGGAGAGAGCGGCUGACGCCGAUUCGGCUGUGCUAAACUGCUGUAUUUUGAUACUUCGACGUCCACGAUUAAGAGUCAAUAAGGAUAUCCUGGUUGCUACGGCUGAUCGAGUCGCGAUGAUCGUGACAUACAGACUUGAUUCGAUCGUCGAAGCGACGAGGAAAUUCGCGAGCAAGUGACGAGAUUAGGACGAGAGAAACACAGUGAUCUCUUAGUGAUUUAUACAUAUAGCCGAUACUAUUGCAAGACUAUCUAACAAAUUUAUUUGUAAUCUAAUGAGACUCAGGCUGGUACCAAAGGACGCUAACAAUUACUUCUAUCUUUUUAGUCUAAUCGUUUGUAAUUUAUAGGUAGAGAGAAAGAAUGCGUUAAUCGGAACGAGUCAAUCUCGUCCUCGUCGUCGCCCGCAAAUUGUGCGACUACCAAUCGCAAAGAAUUCCGAAGAAGUACCGAAGUCACUGUAGAUGAUCAGUCCUAUUGCUCUUUCAAGCGAUCCGCAAACAAUUUUGCAAAUAAACAAACACGCGAAAUGCUCAGAACAGUAGUCGCGUGCCAAGUGUUGAAACGUAACAUUAAUUUUCAAAAUAAAUGAAUAAAAUAGUAUGUAUAAGCUGAAAUAGGAUUAAUAAAUGAUAAUAAAAUAGUACCGCGCAAAAAUCAGCGAAUCCGAAAUAUAAGAUGCAUCUCAAGGAGAUGAAAUUAUAAUUUAAAUUUUAUUUUAACUAUAUUUUAAAACUAUACUUUAAAUUAAAAAUCUAUGAGAAAAAAAAACAAUUUUAACUUUAUUUUCUUAACUUUUUGUGAUGUAACAUUUUUAUAGAAAAUCCACUUAUUAUUAUAUUUCCAGGCUAAAUACAAGGUUGUUUAAAUUGAAUUGCACAGAUUGCGGAUCAAGCUGGUGUCGAUUAUGGAUGCUUCGUGGUCAAAUUAACCGAUCCACUGCCAGUCCUAUCCUAAACGACCGGGCCUGUUCACCCGGCCGACAAGUUUCGUACAAACUUUGAUACGACGAAACCUAUAAUUAGAUUUCCGAGACCCCCGAGCGGAUCCGAUCACAUGCACGGCGACAUUAGACGAUACUAUGCGAUCAUGCCGCGUUUCUAGUCCAAUAAUAAUUACUUUUCGUACCAGCUUAGAGAGCUUUAUCUAUGCGACAUCUAUACACAUAUGCCAAUAAAAUUCUCGAAAUAUAAUAAUAAAUGCACGCACGCGAUAGAGUAACGCCGCCAAGUCCUUGGACCAUACUGUAAUCCUUGAGAAAAGAAAGAACGAUAUGUGCACGUUGGAAUCUGAUCAAUUAGAUUACGACACAUGCAUUACGCUCUUUAUUAUUUUCGCGCGAGAGAAUAGAAGAUGUUAAAUUUAAAGAACACAAAAUUUAGUUUCGAUUAUAUACAAUAUUAUAUAAUAUGGAAAUAGGCGAUAUUCUAAAUUCAGAGUUCAGUACUUAACAAUGCCUUGUACUUAAAUAAAAAGUUUGAUAUUUCAUGUACUGUAUCAGAAUAGAGAGAGAGAGAUGAUUUAAUAAUAAUAACAAAUAUAUUCUUUUCCCAACCUUUCAAAUUUAGAACCAAAGUGUUAUUAGUGAUCUAUCCGGCCAAGAAAACUAGUGAUAAUAAGUUGAUUCAACCUUCAUAUUUUUAAAUGGCAAAUCCUCUUUUAAGGAAAAUAUCUAAUGUAUAAUGUAUAGCGUAAUAGAUCGAUGCGUGAAUAUCUAUAAGAAAUAAUUCCCAAACGGAUCUCAUUUAGAAUCCAACGUGCAUAAAAGAUGUCAGAGACCAUAGUUGCCACACGCAUGACUAGCACAUGACUAGUAUACCAUUACACUAAGCAUAUAUUCGCGCUUAUACAGCCAGAAAUUUCAAGCGCCGCGCGCGAGCCUUUUAUUUUUGUAAUUUCUAAAAGCAUUGCGGAAGCGUAGAACCAUAUAGACUGCUGAAUAAAGAGACAGAGAGAGAAUAGAAAACGCUGUGGGGAAAUUUUCUCUCUGAAAAAGUAAAAGCGCCCUUUUGCACCCCGAAAAGGCUUCUCGAUGAAGCUUGAUUCGCGUAUACAUUUUAUGUCGUCUGUUUUGACAUCGAAAGACUGGUGACCAUAAAAAUCCUCUUUUCGCAGUUCAGCACAGCUCUUUUCUCGCAACGCAAAUCGCUUUCUCGUGGAAGCAAUCGCCGCGAUCAACUUCGCUGACGAAGUCGGUAUUGUUGUCGUUAAUAACGUAACGGAAGCCGCGCGUCAUGGAUAAUUCAUGAACCGAAAUCACGGCACGCUCGCAACCCUACUCUAUUCCGAAUCACCAUUUUGGCAAACGCCGGCUUUAUUGCUGACAAAGGCCCGCGUGCGAAUGGCGCAAAUUAUUCGCGUGCAUUAUUAAGCAUACUAUUAUCGCGAUCGGUUGCAUUAUUAUGUAUACGAGCGUCGAUAUCAACGAUCUUCGAUCGGUAGUCGCACGGAUUCGCGAGAUGCUUUGAUUGUUACAAGCCGGCGUUAACGUGUUCCUCAAUACUGUUACUUUGUCCCGCUGUAGAAAAAAUGUCAUAUAAUUGGUUAUAUAUAAUUAUUUUUGACAUAUAAUUAUUUUUGAUAUAUAAUUAUUUUUGACAACAUUGGACCAUUAAAUUACAUCAAUCUUUACAUAUAACUUUGUAUAACAUAGUUUUAGAUUUUAGAUUUGUUACACAUCAGAACGUAGUUUUAUGCAAAGAAUAAAAUACCUAAUAAAUUAUGAUGCACUAAACUAGUCGAGAGAUUUAAAAGAAAAACUUAAAAAAAAAUAUAUGAAAUGUAGAGAUAUUGAUAGUUUUUAUACAACGAAACAAA